CUUGAACUUUUCACAACAAAAGCAAUUAAUUUCCAUUAACCUUUUUUCCCCCCUCUACCCUUUCCCUCUCACAUUCCCCUGCAGAUAUAUCCAGCUAUGGAUAUGGACAGUGCCAGUUCAGUGGUGCUGCAGGCGUUAACCCAAGCGACCAGUCAGGACACAUCUGUGCUGAAGCCUGCGGAGGAGCAGCUCCGACAGUGGGAGACCCAGCCAGGCUUCUACUCAGUCCUUCUGAAUAUCUUCAAUAACCACAUGCUGGCUGUGAAUGUUCGGUGGCUGGCUGUGCUCUACUUCAAAAAUGGCAUUGACAGAUACUGGAGGAGAGUAGCGCCUCAUGCAUUAUCAGAAGAAGAGAAGACGUCAUUGCGUGCUGGUCUCAUCACAAACUUCAAUGAGCCUGUUAAUCAGAUAGCGACACAGAUCGCAGUACUGAUAGCCAAGGUGGCCCGUCUGGACUGCCCCAGGCAAUGGCCAGAGCUCAUUCCCAUUCUGCUGGAGUCCGUCAAGGGUCAGGACGGCUUGCAGCAGCACAGAGCGCUGCUAACAUUCUAUCACGUCACCAAAACACUUGCAUCCAAACGUCUGGCACAAGACAGGCGGCUUUUCCAGGAUCUGGCGUCGGGCAUCUACAACUUCGCCUGUUCCCUGUGGAGCCAUCACACCGACUGCUUCCUCCAACAGAUCUAUGCCAGAGAUGAGGCUGCAGCGCUCAGCUCACUGGAGAGGACGCUUCUCUCUCUUAAAGUUCUACGCAAGUUGACAGUCCACGGAUUUCAAGAGCCACAACAGAAUAUGGAAGUGAUGGGUUUCCUGAAUGCAGUGUUUGAAAGGCUAAAACAGUUCCUGGAAUGCUGUCGACAAGUUGGUCCAGAUAGCACAUGCAGAGAAAAAUUGGAGAAGACAAUCAUAUUAUACACUAAAGUUUUGUUAGACUUCUUGGAGUAUCAUCCAUGCCCAUUCAUACCUCUGAUCCAGCGCUCCCUGGAAUUUGCCGUCAGCUACGUGUUCACACCUGCAGGGGAGGGAGUCACCUUUGAACGCUUCAUCGUCCAGUGCAUGAACCUCAUCAAGUUGAUUGUAAAGAACGAUGCUUACAAACCUGCCAAGAACAUAGAGGACAGUAAACCAGAGAGUCUGGAGGCUCACAAGAUCAAGACAGCAUUCUUCACACACCCCACACUGACAGAGAUUGGACGCCGGCUCGUCUCACACUACUUCCUUCUCACUGAGGAAGAGCUGGCAAUGUGGGAAGAGGACCCUGAGAGCUUUGCUGUUGAAGAAACAGGUGGCGACUCAUGGAAGUACAGUCUACGACCUUGUACAGAAGUAUUGUUCCUAGAUAUCUUCCACACCUACAGCCAGACGAUGACGCCGGUACUGCUGGAAAUGGUUCAGAAUCUCCAGGGUCCAACCAAUGUGGAAGACCCUGCCCAGCUGCUAAUGAAGGACGCAGUGUACAACGCAGUGGGCCUGGCAGCCUAUGAACUGUUUGACAAUGUGGACUUCGACCAGUGGUUCAAGAAUCAGCUUCUCGGAGAGCUGCAAGUCAACCAUCACAGGUACAAGUUGAUUCGUCGACGAGUCAUCUGGCUGAUAGGACAGUGGAUCUCUGUCAAGUUCAAAUCUGACCUUCGACCUUUGCUAUAUGAGGUCAUCCUGAGCCUCAUGCAGGACCCUGACUUGGUGGUGCGGAUUGAGACGGCUACAACCCUGAAGCUCACUGUUGAUGACUUUGAGUUCCGGACAGAACAAUUCCUCCCUUACCUGGAGUCGAUCUUCGGGUUGCUCUUCCAGCUGUUGCAGCAGGUGACGGAGUGCGACACUAAAAUGCAGGUGCUCCACGUCAUCUCCUGUGUCAUCGAGAGAGUGAACAUCCAGAUCCGGCCAUACGUCGGCUGCCUGGUUCAGUACCUGCCUCUACUCUGGAAGCAAUCUGAAGAGCACAACAUGCUUCGCUGUGCCAUACUCACUACACUCGUCCACCUGGUACAGGGCCUUGGGGCAGAGAGUAAGAACUUGUACCCUUUCCUUCUGCCUGUCAUCCAGCUGAGCACUGAUGUUUCCCAGCCCCCUCACGUGUAUUUGCUGGAGGAUGGACUGGAGCUCUGGUUGGUGACUUUGGAGAACAGCCCGGCCGUCACGCCAGAACUGCUCAGAAUUUUCCAGAACAUGUCAGCUUUGUUGGAGUUGAGCUCCGAGAACCUGCGCACCUGCUUUCAGAUCGUAAACGCCUACUUAUACCUGUCUGCCACAGAGUUCCUGCAGAACUAUGCAGAAUCACUGUGUCGAUCCUUCUGUGAUCUGCUGAAAGACAUCACGAAUGAGGGACAGGUCCAAGUGCUCAAGGUGGUGGAGAUAGCUUUAAAGGUUAGCCCCAUACUGGGAGCCCACAUGUUCCAGCCCCUGCUGCCAGCUGUCUUCAGAGGAAUCGUUGACGGCGAGAGAUAUCCCGUGGUGAUGUCCACCUACCUUGGCAUCAUGGGCCGUGUCCUGCUCCAGAACUCCAGUUUCUUCUCCUCAUUGCUCACUCAAAUUGCCUCAGAGUGCAGCCAGGAGAUGGGCCAGUUGCUGGGCGCUGUGAUAGAGAUGUGGGUCGACCGCAUGGACAACAUCACUCAGCCAGAAAGGAGGAAGCUGUCGUCGCUGGCUCUGCUUUCCCUUCUACCAUCUGACAAUAGUGUGAUCCAGGACAAGUUCUGUGGCAUCAUCAACAUCUCCGUCGAGGCGCUGCAUGAUGUCAUGACAGAAGAUCCCGAAACAGGCACCUUCAAAGACUGCAUGUUGAUGAGUCAUUUUGAGGAGCCCAAGCUAAGUGAUGAUGAGGAGCCACCAACCGAACAGGACAAGAGGAAGAAACUUCUCGCCCUGGAGGACCCGGUGCACAGCGUCUCUCUGCAGCAGUUUGUCUAUGAGAAGCUGAAGGCGCAGCAGGCCCUGAUAGGGGACCAGGGCUUCGGGGUCCUGAUGGAGACCGUGGACACGGAGCUCGUCCGGCAGCUACAGGAGUUCCUGCAAGGCCUGUGAAUGAGCCUGUCACUACCUUAUGUAAACAUCUUUGCCUAAUGCUACCCUCUCACCCCCCAGUUUUUUAAAUGUACUGGAAAAAGGCUAACAAUCUGCCCGAUGUGUGGACUCCUAUAAUCCAAACCUUCCCAGCCUCUACCCAUGCUAUGCCUUAUCUAUAUUCAGACCUAGCCUUGUCCACUGUCCUCUGCCCACACACGUUGUCCCUUUUCUUUGUGGAUUCCUUUACAUCCUUUUUUUUUUAGAAGGGGUUUGUGUGAGUGCUUAAAAGCGUCAAAGCACCCCCACAUUUUUUUAAUCGCCCACAUAAAAACAUCACCACACUAGAGCUUCCACUCAUUUCUUGUAGUUUCUUCUCUUUCCGUGGUUUUAAUGUGGAGCGGUUAGAAAAUCAGAGGGAUAGUAUAAGAGUUGGGGGGGAGGGGGUUGAGGAGUAUAUAGCAAAAAUCUUCUGCAGGAGCCAGAGAAGGGGCCUCGAACUAUUUUCUAUGGAGAAAACAGAUGGAAGCAGAUAUGAGGACAAAAUGAACCCGAAGGACCUAAAGCAGUGUUUACAGAAUCUAUUCUUUAAAAAAAAGAAAUGUAAUUUUGUAUGUAUGUAAAGUAUGGAUGAUAUUCUGCAUGAUGGUAUUUUACAUUUUAGUUUGUUUUUACGUUUGUGUUAAUUUCUCUUCCAAUUUUUUUUAAAUAAUUGUUUUGUCAUCACCAGACAUGAAGUUGAAGUAACUACUGAGAGAGUUCAGAGGUGUUUUUUCUUUUCUUGUUGAGAUGGAAUGUGUCUCGACUGUUAAAUGGGUGAUUUUAAAAUGGUUGAUUUGUAAGAGUGCUGAACCCCAUUUAUAUGUAUAUAUACAUACUGCUGCUAAUUGAUGGUGUCGGAGCACUUUAAUAACCAAAAAAAAAAAAACAGUUUCAUAUUUUUUCAUCUUUCCACAAAUGGUAUAUCUUCACACAUCAUCGCACAUAUUAAACAGGUCUUGGAGCAGUGCGGCAGGAUUGUGCAAAUUAGGUUGAAUUUACAUUAAGACUCUCAGCUUGAGUUGUUACCGUUUAUCCUGCCUCCUUGUGCUAAGCCAUGUUCAAAAAACUGACUGCAAACAUUACAUGCAAUUAGCUUGUCUUCACUGUUUUCAUUUGGACUCCAGUGGCUGUGAGGAACUCGCAUUGUGAGCCGCUGUGAGUUUCUUCUAAGGCAAAACACAUCACUCUUAGUGAAAGUUGUGUGUAGCUUUCCCGCUUCUCCGCCUUUUUUCUGAUUUUACAUGACAUUAUAGUGUUAGAGACGAAGCGUUGAUAUUUUUGAGUUCACAGAAAAACACAUCGUCUGCAUAGCUUUUCACAGAACAAUCGAUUAUUGGAUCGAUGGAAAAUUGUAUUAUGAAGUAAGGAGUUACUGGACAUUAGCAUUAAAUGGGUGGAUUUCUACAAGUGGCCUGUGGAUCUGUUUCAUGCAGAAUAUAAAGAAAUAUUUAGUUUGUUGUAAUUUGAAAUUCUUAAAGAAAUUAGAGGGGCACUCAGACACUCAAUGUAAUGUUGUUAUUUAGGUCAUCCCACACCUUUCCACAACAUUUCAUGGAAAUAAUGUCUAUAGGUUUUGCAUAAUUCUGCUGACUAACAAACGCUAAUUAGAACGUAACCUAUUUUUGGCAGACGCAAGUAAAAUGGCGCUAGUUUCCCCAAAGAUCAGUAGAUCAGUAGAUUUCUGGGUCUGCAGAAAAUUGCACACAAUCAUAAUUGUCAGUCCCCUCAACAUGAAAGAUUUUUUUCAUCCAGAUUUAUGAAUUAUUCUGUAAAAAAGUAAAGAAAAUGUCUGUACUCACAAUGUGGAUCCACCCAUUCUUUUAGGUCUGCUUGAAAAUGUAAUGGGUUCUUCCUCGGGUCUUGCUCCAUCCUUCCACAAAAUGUCUCAGAAAUUGGUUGUGUAGUUUUUGUGUUAUCCUGCUAACAAACUAACCAAUGCAGAAGAAAACAUAACAACCUUGGCGAGGGUAGAAAUUUACUCUGAGUCCAAAGACAAAAAAAAAAGAUCCUUAAUGAUCGAUUCUUCUGGAACUUCUGUGGUCAUGUGUUUUCAUUAGGUUGUUCAUCCUCCCUGUGAAGGAGAUAAUCCUGACACUAGCUCGUUUGACACUGUGAUAGAGUUGAGUAGCAGUCAGAAUUACAGCCUUAUGCUUUCAGCCUUACCUGUCAUUGACACUCAAAAGGUGUUUCUUACUAUUCUCCUUAUUUCUUAACUAGAUUAACAGUAGAGGAUUUCUGUACUUUGUAUUUUCUGUUAAUUGUGACGUUUUGGACACAACACAAAGUAGAGGGAUGUGGGUUUUUUUUUUUUKKKKUWUAWRUUUGGUUAUGUUUUGAUUGGAAAAUAAUCCUUGUUGCUUUUUUCCAAAGCCUUCAAUAAAAUGCAGUAAACAGGCAAAAA